UGCCUCCAAAUAUUUGUUGCACUCACAUAUCGAGGGUUUCCUAGCUGCCGCCGGUUUCUCCGCCGCCGCCGCCGCCGCCGCCGACUUCUCCAGCAACCUUCAGAAGUCUAGGGAAGGCUCGCUUUGCCGCCGGCAUCACGCCGAUUCAUUCCACUCCGGCCUUGUUGCUCAUCGCCGUCCCAACAGUUCGACACCUAUCCACAUGACGAUGCCGACGGCAGUGUGUACGUGCACAGCGAAGACAGAUCAAUGCAUGUUUGUCUUUGAGAUCUUUGAUUACAGCCAGCACAGGAGCAUGAGGACCGGUGAGUUUAUCAGAUCCAGCACCUUCUCCGUCGGUGGCUAUGACUGGGCCAUCUGCUUCUAUCCCAGCAGAGAGCAGAAUGACUGGGGUUACAUCACAGUUUAUCUCGAGCUCUUGAGCGUGAACACCAAGGUGUGGGCCAGCUGUGACCUGAGGCUGGUCGACCAAACCACCGGGCUGUCCACGUCACUGCACAAGACUGAGCUGAGGGUGUUCAAUUCCAGUAAUGCUAGUAGAUUUGCUCCACAGACUGGCUCAUUCAUGAAUCGGAGCCAGUUCGACGCAUCAUUGUACCUUAAGGAUGAUCACCUCACCAUCCAAUGCAUCACAACUGUAAAACAACUACAGGUUUCUGCUCCUGAAUUACUGAACGAAAUUGAGGUCCCGCUAUCCAACAGCGCUGUGCUUCUUGGCAAAUUGUUGGAAACAGGCGAAGGAGCAGAUGUCACUUUCAGUGUUGGAGGACAGACUUUCACGGCACACAAGAUAGUGCUCGCUAUGCGGUCUCCAGUUUUUAAAGCAGAGCUGUUCGGGCAAAUCAAGGAAGCAAACGAACAGCUUGUGACCAUACAAGACAUGAAGCCUGAUGUGUUUAGGGCCCUACUGUAUUUCAUCUAUACCGAUUCCUUGCGUGGCAUGGAUGGUCAAGAUGGAGAAGGUAAGAGAGGCAUGAUACGGCAUUUGCUUGUGGCUGCUGAUAGAUAUGCUGUGGAGAGGAUGAAGUUGGUGUGUGCAAGCAUCCUUUGCAAGAAUCUUGAUGCUAAGAACGUGUCUGCUACUUUGGCUUUGGCUUAUCAGCAUAACUGUGACAAGCUUAAAGAUGUUUGCCUAGAGUUCAUCACCAGUUCAUCAAGCGUGAUGGAUUCAGUGGUCGCAACUCAAGGUUUUCAGAAUCUUAAGGCAACUUGCCCUUCUGCACUAGUAGAUGCAUUUGAAAAGUUAUCAAAGAGGUUCCGAAAAACAUAAAGGUUGUUCUUUGAAGCUGUUCAUCGUGGCAAGUUCUCAAGUUACAAAAAUCUAAAGAUUUUGCUCUAGCAGCUCAUGGCAUCCAUAUAUCGUUUAGCAGCAGCAGCAGCAGCAGCUUAGUGUUAGAUGAUCUUAAAGCGGUUAGGGUAAAUAUUUAUUUUCAGCAAAGAGAACUGUCAUUGUUUUGCUAUGUCUGUCCAUCCUGUCAUCGAUCUAGCAAUGUUCAGACACACAUUUAUAUUUCCCUAUCAAUUUGCUGGUUUAUCUAUUGAAUGGACA